AUGGUGGCACCUUCGGAAACACAGAUUGUCCAAGCGGUCAAAGCCAAGCUCGAGAGCGGCUUGACAAGCACAAGCGACGUGGUGCGUGAAGACGAAGUACGACGUCUGCUGGCGACACUCGAGCUCGAGCAUGACUGGCAAGAUAUCGCGGUCAAGAAGUUCAUCAGUAUACUCUGCAAGCACAGCCUUAUGCCAGUGUCGAAGCCUAACGACGGAUGCACAUCACGAUCUACGUCUUGUCCAGGUGGCAAGAAGAAGAAAAAGUCAAAGACAGACACGUCGAUCCCGAAAUCUUUCAUCGAUCCCACCAUCAGCUUCCCAGCUGGCAUCCGCGGUGUAUACUUUGACCCGGUCAAAGGAAAAGGCCUGGUUGCUACGCGCAGCUUCUCCAAGGGCGAUCUGCUGUUUACCGAAGAUGCUUAUAUCCCAACGCCGCCUCCUGAAGCUUUCGAUCAGAUGGCGAGCGGCCAACUGUGUGCACAGUGCUUCCUGCCCAUCUCAUCAGCGCCCGUCGCACUCGCCAUCAAGAACUGCUCCAAGUGCAAACAUCGAUUCUGCACAACAGCGUGCUACAAGACCGCUAUGGCUACGCACCAUACGCUCCUGUGUACAGGCAUCAACGCUUCGGCUAAGCCGUUGAUCGAGCUGAUUGAGCGUCAGAAAUGGCAGAGCCUGCAUUGUGUUGCUCGCUCAUUGGCGAGGUUACUUAUGACGCUGACACGCCAGUAUCAUGGUCAAGCUAACAAGAAAGCGGACACACAGGAUUCGGUUGCGACAUAUGGAGACUUUGAAACUGUUUAUGCGCGCUUGUCGUCGUUCGCCACCGUGUCGGAAUUGGAGCGACGAUCUCGCAAUCCGGGAUGGACCACGGAAAAGGCAUCGUUUGAGUCGAUCCUAGUUGAAGCGCACACGGCGCUUUGCAACGCACUUGACCCGUACUCGUCGACGCGCAAUGCCAACUUGGAACCGUUCCACGUCUCGGCUGACUACCUCGAUUCCACACGCAAACCGCUGAUCAAAGACUUGUUUUGCCUGGCCACAUUCAUGAAACUUGUGGGUCGUGCCAACAUCAACAUGGAAAAAUUCGGUGGUCUGUAUAGUCUGCAUUCCUUCCUGAACCACUCGUGCUCGCCGAAUCUCGAGAUCCGGCACGUUCCCGAGCGCGCGAUCCUCUCGAGCAUGAAAGUAGCCGCUAUAGCGCUCUGCGAUAUCCACCCAGAUGACGAAUUGGUGAUUAGCUACAUCGAUCCAAACACCAGUCUCGCCAGACGUCAGCUGCUGCUGUACAGAGACUACUGUUUCGGUCCGUGCACAUGCGACAAGUGUACCACCCAACUCGGCGCACUCGGCCUAGUGUACGACCCUGCCAAACACGCCGUCAAGGCGUUCCUCGAUUCAGUCGCCCACAAAACGCGUCCCGAUCCCGACCACACAUUGCCCCCAACCUCCCAAGACUCUACCCUGGAAGAUCAACUCCGUGCCUCUCUCGGCUUUUGA